AUGGUUUCGCUUAAGCUUCAGAAGCGGCUCGCUUCGAGCGUGCUGAACUGCGGGCGCAACAAGGUGUGGAUGGACCCCAAUGAAGUCAACGAAAUCUCCAUGGCCAACUCCAGGCAAAACAUCCGCAAGCUCGUGAAGGAUGGCUUCAUCAUCCGCAAGCCGCAGAAGAUCCACUCGCGCUUCCGCGCGCGCCGCCUGCUCGAGGCCAAGAGGAAGGGCCGCCACACUGGCCACGGUAAGCGCCGCGGUACCCGCGAGGCGCGUCUCCCCACGAAGGUGCUGUGGCUGCGGCGCAUGCGCGUGCUGCGGCGCAUGCUGAAGCGCUACCGCGAGGCGAAGAAGAUCGACAAGCACCUGUACCACGAGCUGUACAUGAAGGUCAAGGGUGGCGUGUACAAGAACAAGCGCGUGCUCAUGGAGAGCAUUCACAAGCUCAAGGCGGAGAAGGUUCGCGAGAAGACGCUCACGGAUCAGUUCGAGGCGCGCCGCGCCAAGAGCAAGGCGUCCAGGGAGCGCAAGAUGGCGCGGCGGGAGGAGCGGUUGGCGCAGGGUGUUCAGGAGCAGGAGCCCGCAGCUGCCGAGGCUGCACCCGCAGCCAAGAAGUGA